AGUCACUGUUGAAAGUGCUGUCGAGUUAUUCGGAUUGAUUUCUUGGUUUGGUCGCAAAUUGAAAAGAAAUUCAGUGAACAGUUCUUGAUUAGCCGGCUCGUGGGUUUAUCUCAUUAGUGGCAGCGAUGGAGACUUAUACAUUGCCAUGCGCCGCCCAAAGUGUGGGACCGGCAAACCAACUGAUUGGCCUCCUAAUCAACACCCUGCUCGCCUCGCAAUGCGCCCUGUCACCACCCGAAAUGUGGCCAAAGGACUACGGACCGACAGCACUGGAGAAAGGUUUUGAGGAGUAUGACUUCAUUGUUGUCGGCGCAGGAUCUGCAGGAUCAGUUGUUGCUAAUCGCCUGAGUGAGAAUCCCAACUGGAAAGUCCUUCUCCUCGAGGCAGGAGGAGAUCCACCCAUAGAAUCUGAGAUCCCAAAUAUGCCACUAGCUUUGUUCAGAACAAGAGUAGAUUGGCAAUAUUACACGGAGAAAUCUAACACUGGAUUGGGCUACAAGAAUAGUCACUAUUGGCCAAGAGGUAAGCUUUUGGGUGGUUCAGGAUCCAUCAAUGCCAACCUGUACAUUCGCGGCAACAAAAGGGACUACGACACGUGGGAGGAAUUGGGCAAUGUUGGGUGGAAUUGGCAAGAUGUCAUUAGAUACUUCAAGCGAUCUGAAGACAACAAAAUCGAGCAUCUCUUCGAGUUGACCGGCAGUCAAUACCACGCCAAAGGCGGUCCCAUGAAGAUAGAUUAUUUCUAUUCCGUGGAAAUGAUGAAAAUCGCCGUGGAAGAGGGCGCUUUCGAGUUGGGAGAAGUCGAGCACAUGGACAUCAAUGCUGACCAACACAUUGGCUGGGCAAAUGUCUUCGGCAAUCUGGACAAUGGCCGAAGAUGCAGUCCAGCGAAGGGUUUCCUCAUCCAAGCGGCAAAUCGAACAAAUUUGCACAUCGUGAAAAAUGCUCACGUGACGAAAGUCAAUGUGAAUGAGAAGAAUGAAGUGGAAGGAGUGGAAUUGAGUCUGAAGGAUAAGAAAUUCAAUGUCAAAUCCACGAGGGAAACAAUUAUGUCAGCAGGAACUGUUAACACUCCUCAAUUGUUGAUGCUUUCCGGAAUCGGUCCGAAGGCGCAUCUUGACGAAAUGAAAAUCCCUGUGAAAAAGGAUUUGGCUGUUGGUAAGAAUCUUCAAGAUCACUUUGCCAUUCCCAUUUACAUUGGCUUCCACAAGAACAGAAAUGCCACAACCACGAUUCAGGACAUGUCUGACAUGGUUUAUUCCUAUGUGAUGCACAACAAAGGCUCACUUUCCGGCGUUGGAAUGCUCAAUCUCGUUGGAUUUUACAAUACUCUCAACAAUUCUUUACCAUAUCCUGAUAUUCAAUUCCACACACUCUACUUCCGUCGCAUCGCACCACAAAUGAAAGGAUAUCUGAAGGCAAUGCAGUUUACGCCUGAGGUUGAGAAAUAUAUGGAGAAGGCUCAUGAGAAAUACGACAUUCUCUGCCUCAUGGUGACACUGCUGAAGCAAGAUGUUCCGGGAAAGAUUGAACUCAGAAGCACCGAUCCAUUCGAUCACCCCAAAAUCUUCCCCAACUACAUGGCCGGCAAGAGUGAGCUGGAGACGGCAAUUCGUGGAAUUAGACGCAUUCAGGAGUACAUGAAGACAGAAUCUUACAAAAUGCACGACCCUGAUUUGUUCAAGAUCGACCUGAAGAAUUGUGAGCUCCUGGAUUUUGACAGUGAUGAAUAUUGGGAGUGUUACAUUAGACACAUGGGAACAACCAUUUACCACCCCGUGGGAACGUCCAAGAUGGGCCCAAAAUCCGAUCCAGACGCUGUUGUCAGUGACGAAUUGAAGGUGAACGGCGUGAAAGGACUCCGUGUUGUUGAUGCCAGCAUAAUGCCGGUGAUCAUCAGUGCUAAUACUAAUGCUGCAGCCGUGAUGAUUGGCGAAAAGGGCGCAGACAUGAUUAAGAACGAGUGGAAGAAGUUUGAUAAGAAAGAUGAAGAUGACGUGAGUAAGAAAGACAGCAAAGAUGACAAAGUCGGCGAAGAACUAUAAAAGGAAAAAUUUUGCUUCAAAAAUGAUCGUGAAAUAAAUCAUAAUUCCUUUGAAAUAAUUAUUUUUACAUUGACUACUUGAGAAUUAAA